UUGUAGAAGUACCUUCUGCCAGGCUGCAGCCCCUUCAUUACGCCGCCGAAGACGAACCCAGGGCGGCGCCAUCCGAUGCUGUGGUUCGCCGCUGCUUGUACGUGCUCGUGUCUGCUGGCACGUCUCCUCAUUCCUCCUCGCGCCGGGCGGGGGACCCGUACCUCACCGACCUCUUCCCGUCGUCAUCGCACACAGACAGCACCCGCAUCUCGUCCACCUCAUCGGUGAACGCCGGGUGCAGCUGGGCGGGCCGUGCGACAGAUCCCUCGUAGGAAAUAUUGCCAGAUCACUUUAAAAUAAAUUGUACUAUUCAUUCAUUGUAAAAGUCACCCUGGUAUGCAGGAUACAUAGUCUGAUAUCUGAAUCUUAACCCUGGUGCUAUCUGUAGCUGAUGGUUGUUUUGCCCCUAAUUCAGGCUCUCGCAGAAUUUGAUGGCGACUCUACGGAUUGAAAUAAAAGUAAGGAGACACCAAAGAGUGGGUUGGUCUUAUCUGAUCUUCUGGAGUUAAAACUUACUUUUCCCUAGAGAAUAGGAAAAUAUCUGGAAGUUCCACAAGCAACAAACAACCAUCAGUUGCGUGCACACUAAAUUUGCCUGGUGUUAACCUGGACUCAUUUUCCAUUGAAAGGAAAAAGGAGAUAGCUGCCACCCCUUCUGCUCUUCCUCCAACUCAUACUAUAGUGCAGGAAAAGUAUAGCAGAAGUCAUGAAUCCAGUAGCUCAGAGAUGCAUAUUGCAUCGAAAGGCUUUGAUUCCUUUAGAACAAAAACAGGUUCUCAAAGCACAAAUCAAAUGGAAGCUACUAUGGCAUUUGCAAAUUGGUAUGCUCACUUUCAGUCUACUGGCUCAGAAAGUGUUGUCGGAGACUCCAAGCAACUGGACCUAUUUAAGAGGGCUUUAGUUGCCGAGCCUUCUAAUUUUCCAGUUUCUGGGACUGCCAUCAAACCGGGAUUAGCUGCUGGAAAUCAAACAAACAUAGAUUCAGAAGAUUUAGCUUCAGCAUUAAAUGUAGACAAUCUUUCCAUUCA